CCAUGGCGGCCGAACCGUUUCGAAUCUUGAGUGACCUCAGGUGUCCGUUGGUGUGUCUUCAACGUGGAUUUCUUAUUCCACCGUAAAUUUAAUUCAUCAGUUGUAACAAAAAACUCCCUCUGUUGGGAAAUAAAUGUGCGAAGCUCUGCCACUGCCAAUAUUUAAUUACUUCUGCUUGACUCUACAAGACUUUAACAGUGAGUUUUUGUUUUGUUUUUCCGUUAAUUAAACAAUCAAAAUACAAAUUAAACGGAUCGCAUCAUCUCCAAUAAAAAUGGAAACAAGACGGCCGAUAUCUUCCAAAAUUUAUCGCCCACAGUAAAAUUGAAAAAAACAUUAGUGAAUUAAAUUCAUGAUAAGGCUACUUACAGUUAAAAAAAAGAAGUCUAAGUUUUAUUUUUUUUUAUGUUACAAUUGCUAACCUCGAACAUAAGCGAAACGUUUCAGGUGUUUUCCGAUUUGACACGAUUCCUUAAUGCGGCAUUCAUAAACUUUGUGGUUUUACCGGCUAUACGGCUCGGUCAUUGUUUCUUUGGUGUUUGUCGCGAGUACAGGUCAUAGAUAAAAAUGUGACAGAAGUUUUUGAAAACAAAAACAAAUGGCGGUUUACUUACUAUGGUUUUUAACAGUUAUUAUUAGUAAUAGCUGUUAUGCGAUUGAAGAUUAUUGUUCCACCAAUAAAUUAAUCGGGAUUGGAAACAUAAUGGGAUUUACUAAGGAACCUAGUAAAUCAGAAUAUGCCAUACUUGGACAAUUUAAAGGGCUUCAUUGCUGUGCGAAGGGAUACAGAAGUAUAGAAUGGUAUAAAGAUGGAAGGCCAUAUCCGUGGCAUGGAACGUUCUCACCGUUAAUCAUCUAUCCAGAAAGCGCCAAUCAAACCGUAUAUACUCAAUGUGUUACGAGAGAAGAUUCCGGGAAUUAUACGUGCCUUUUAAGGAAUGACUCUGUUGUGUAUACUCACACAAUUACAUUGAGAGUGUUUGAAACGCUACCGGAUGAUCCCAAGAUUACCUUCAUUUCAAAAAAUGUGUCUGCUUCUAUUGGGAUGUCAACAAGGUUGUUUUGCGAAGCAUUUGUUGGGUUUGUUGAUUUACCUGACGCGUUCAGUGAAGCUUAUUGGACUAGAUUUGGCGGUAGCGAAACAUUUAAGAAUGGUCCGCGUAUACAUCAAAUAAAAGUUUUUAGGGAAGAUAACCAAAUUUGUGGAUCUUACUUGAUAAUCGACAACUUGAAACAAGAAGAUUAUGGAAAAUACACGUGCACUAUUAUAAAACCUGGUCGACUGUUGGAAUUAUCUGCCUAUAUUAAUCCAAAAGAUAAUGGGAUCCCUUACCUAAAACCAAAUGAGGUGCCAUUCAAGAAACUGUUGACUGCAGCAACAAUUGUAGUUUUAUUAAUUGUGACUGUUGCAAUCUUGUACUUGCAAUUUGGUUUGGUUGUGCGAGUGAUUUGUAAGGAUCGUUUUGGCCGAUUGCUAGAAAACAAUGGAAAAAUUAAUGACAUUCUUUUACUGUAUUCUGAAAAAGAUUCUGAUCUUACGUUGGGAGUCUUCCUACCAACUUUAGAAGGAAAAUACAAUUACAAAUGUGUAUCAAGGCAAUUACCAAGAAAUGCAUCCGAUUGGCACAAGGAUUUGGAUGAUUUAUGCCAGAAAUGCUACAGAAUUGCAGCGGUUAUGUCGCCAGCAUGUGUAAAUGAUAAAUGGGAUUGUAUUAACUUACAUCUGGCUUUAAAACAACUGUACGACUUAGAUAAUCAAUUUUGCUGUAUUACUUUAGAAGACUUUCCAACCACUGAGAGUAACAUAAAAAAUUCUGUGGGCCAAUCCUUUUCCUCGUUUGUUGGAAAUAUCAAUGUAGUAAAUUGGGAAAGGUAUAAGAAUGACAAAUUUUGGUUGAAUUUACGUCUGAAAUUGCCUCCAAAGAGAUGUGAAAUUAGUUUAUGUAAAACUGCAAGACUGAGUAAAAAAUAUAUCGAAUCUACGGAUGGGGCUGUCUAAUUAAUUGAUUCAAGCGGUUUUGUUGCUAUGUAGUUAUAAAAUUUACAAGAAGUAUUACGAAAUUUAUACUUUAGAAUAGGUGUAUUUAUAUAUUUUUUUAAUAUUUGUAAUAAAAAUGUUCUCUCCCCUUGA